UGUGAGAGUUGCCGAAAGCAUUGAAAGCUCAGUUAAGUCGCGGUCGCCAUUUUCUCGGGAGUAAUCUGUCUGUCGUGUUUUUGAUCCUGAAGUGUUUUUCGAAAGAAUAUCUGCUGAAAAUUAGGGCCCAUCUCUCACGGGCGUCGUCAAAUGGCUUGCUUGAACACUUUAAAACAAGAAAUUAAAACUCUCGAGUCCGUGUUUCCCAAGAGCCAUGAAAGAUUUCAGAUAAUGUCUGCGAGUGUCGACGAGCUCAGCUGCAGGUUCGUCGGUAAAAAUGGGAAGAAAUACGACAUUCACGCCAAUAUUACAGAAACCUACCCUUCUACGCCACCGGUUUGGUUUGCGGAAUCGGAGGAAACGAGCGUGACAAAUGCAGUACAAAUUCUAAGUAACACAACGGGACGGGAUAACCAUGUAAUUAAUCAGGUGGGAAUACUUCUGAAAGAAUUAUGCCGCUUGCACUCGUUGCCUGAACCACCUGAUGUCGAGCGACUAAGAACAGCCCUAGACCCGCUUCGGCUAGGUGGAGCAGCUGCUGCUGCGCAAAGAAUGGAAGCUGAGGAUGUGGAAGAUAUUGAAGAUGACGAAGAAAGCGAGACUGAAGAGGACCUUCAUUUAGAUAUGGAUGAGGGAGAAGCCAAUGCCAAAAGCAAGGGUGAUGAGAUGGACCUUGAGCAUCUGGCGACACUGGAAAGGUUGAGACAAAAUCAGAGACAAGAUUAUUUAAAAGGAUCAGUAUCGGGUAGUGUCCAAGCUACAGAUCGACUUAUGAAAGAACUGCGUGACAUAUACCGAAGUGAUAGUUUCAAGAAAGGAAUGUACAGCAUAGAACUUGUUAAUGAUAGCUUGUAUGAGUGGAAUAUAAGGUUAAUGUGUGUCGACCCUGAUUCACCGCUUCACAAUGAUCUUGUUCUUCUCAAAGAAAAAGAGGGCAAAGACAGUAUUCUUCUCAACAUGCUCUUUAAGGAAACGUACCCAUUCGAACCACCUUUUGUGCGAGUUGUUCAUCCGAUAAUUUCGGGUGGCUACGUACUGGUAGGUGGUGCGAUUUGUAUGGAAUUGUUAACGAAGCAAGGAUGGAGUUCGGCAUACACGGUAGAGGCCGUUAUAAUGCAGAUUUCUGCAACGUUGGUAAAAGGAAAGGCACGCAUACAGUUCCAAGGAGCAGGUGGUGGAGGAAAAGUUUGUGGCAACCAGGGCCAAUAUAGUCUCGCACGUGCACAGCAGUCCUUUAAGUCCCUCGUACAGAUACACGAAAAAAAUGGUAAGCAAAGAUUAAUUGAAUAUUUUAUGCACGGUGAUAGAUGAAAUUUUCUUUGCCAAGGACGAAAUAGUUUUUGAUAUUUCUCCUUCAAUUCUACUGAAAUUAAAAACAGUAAUAAAUGUUAACGAACAAUACGAUCGAAACAUUGCUGAUUAUUGAUCAAAACAUCGAAAACUAUACCAAUUCAACACAUGGAGGCGAUAAUACUAUGAUAUGCAAGACAUAUUUAAAACAAUGAGAUCGAACUAAAUGAAAACCAUUUUAAUACGUAUGUAACAAUAUUACGUAAUUACUUGGGUAAUUUUGGACAGACAUUUUUUAAACGAUGCAAAAUCUGUAAUUCAUAGUAAUUUAUAUCUAUACAAGGUUGAACUAUUACAAACAUACAUGCACCUGUAUUUGUGGUAUCGAUUCAAGCGAAUCAAUGAAAUUUUAUUUUAAUUCUUGAUGAAACAAUGGUUGAUUCAGGCUCCGUUCCCAGUAAUUAACACACCAGUCAAAAUGACUAAUUUUUUAAAAAUUGUAGUAAUAGAAAAUGUUUUUGUCAAUAUGAUAUACAUAUAUUUUAUUAUUAUUUAAUUUCUAAAGAUCAGUCAUUUUCACUGGUUCUGGUAGGAGUAGCUUUGUUUUAAUCUCGGUAGUUCUAGUGUUAAUCAAAAGAUACAAUCAAAUGAUAUAAACCAGGCAAAUAUUAUAGGUGGGAGUUAAUGUUAUCAUUAAGGAAAAUAGGUCUAUAUAUAGAACCAGGGUCAAAAAAGGUGUAGGCCUGUUGAACUAUAACUAAUUAUCAAUGAUUCUGUUUUUCAACCCUUCUGAUUUUCUUUUGAAAUUGAUUUUGAGAUCAGGCAUACUGUAAAUUAUCUAAAUUAUCUGGUGUGUCGACCAGUACCGUUAUUUUUUUAUUUCAUCCCUGUAGCUAAGUUAUAUAACGAGAGUUUUGAUAACAGAGGUAUAAUAAUCUACGAAUAAGAUCUUUUGAAAGAAUAAGUUUUCAAAUGUAUUUUAAUACUUCAAAAAUUCUAAAAAUAUUGUAAUAACGACUGAAUGCAUUGAGACUGAAAGCAUUGCCUUCCAAUAAAGUGCUUUGGUACUAUACCGAGCAUCCACUAAAAGUUAACUUAAAUUUGUUUCUUCUUUCUACUUCUUUUAUUACAGGCUGGUUCACACCACCGAAAGAGGAUGGCUAAUAAAAAAAAAAAAAAAAACGAACUAACGUAA